AUGACUAGGCUGCAGCAACAGGUUUCAUGGCUAGACAUUUCAAGCAUGGCUGCUAGGGGUGGGGAUGGGGAUGGGGGUGGUGGUGGUGUUAUGCAUCAAGGCAUAGGAGAGUCAUCUGGUAGGAAUGGUGGUUAUGCUGGGAGAGCAGGGAAUGAUGGUGGGUAUGGGCAGGGUCAUGGAGUAGGAAUGGGUGCACCACCGAGUCCAGUGUCAUCAGAUGGAAUGGUUAUUAAUUUUGAUUAUUCAGGAAAUCAGUUUGGGAUGGAUACAGAGGGGUUUAGUGGACGGAAGAGGAUUAUUGAUGGGGUGGUGGAGAGGAGGCAACGAAGGAUGAUCAAGAAUAAAGAGUCUGCUGCGAGGUCUAGAGCUAGAAAACAGGUACCAUUAUUUGUUUACAACUACUAA